AUGGGCAAGCCAUUCCUUACGUGGGAAGACGCCAAGAUGUGCUUCUCGCUCUUCUGCGUCGUCUACGGCAUCGGUACGCUUGGCAUGCCGGGCAACUACGCCCGCGCUGGCUACUUCUGGGCGACCCUCGCGCUCGUCUUCAUGGCGACCGUCAACGUCUACGCCACCGUCUGCAUGAGCAAGGUCAUGCUCGUUGCGCCCAAGACUGUCAAGACCUUUGGCGACAUGGGCGAGUGGUGCAUGGGUACGUUCGGCCGCUGGAUUGCCGUCAUCUCUCAAAUGCUUGUCUGCGUCAUGGUGCCGAUUGUCUUCCUCGUCCUCGGCGGCACCUUGCUCACGGUGCUCUUCCCCGAAUCGUACGCCGACUCAACGUGGAUUAUCCUCAUGGGCCUUUCGCUCCUCCCCAUCUGCCUCAUCCCCAACCUCAAGGAAGGUGCCGGUGUGGCCGCGGCCGGUGCGCUCGGCACGAUCCUUGCCGAUGGUAUUGCACUCUACCUCCUCGUCUCCAACAUGCACGGCCCGUCGGCUGGCCUCUCGACGCCGUCGCCGGAGCUCACGUUUUCGGGCGUCACGGCCGUCUUUGGCAACCUCUCGCUUGCGUACGGUGCUGGCGUCGUCAUCCCGUCGCUCCAGCGCGAACACAGCGACCCGACGCGCAUGCCCCGCGUCAUCACGGUGACGCUCGUCCUCGUCUCGGUGCUCUUCCUUGUCAUUUCGAUUACGGGCGUCUCGACCGUCGGCUGCCAAAUCCCCGGCAACCUCCUCUUUGCCAUCACCGGCACCAAGCUCGGGUUCGAAGCGUCGCCCGGUGGCAUCAUUUUGGCCUUCCUCUUCAUGCAGAUCCACAUCACGGUCGCCUUUGCGCUCAUUCUGUUCCCGGCCAUGUUCAUCGCCGAGCGCCUCGUCCUCGGCCUGCACAAAACGCCGGCCAAGGAUGCCAUGUACGCGUCGCUCGAGACGCCGUCGGCGGACGCCAAGGUCCACGUCGAGACGAACCACGUCGACGAUGAAGUCGUUGCGGCCUACGCCGCCCCGGGCUCGUACCUCAAGGCCUGCGUCCUCCGCACGGUCAUGGUCGUGGUCAUGGUCAUUAUUGCCAUCAUCUGGAAGGACCACUUCAGCGACCUCUUGGACUUUGUCGGUGCCUCCUCGACGGCGCUCAGCUGCAUGAUUUUGCCGAUUGUCUUUUACCUCAAGACGUUCCGCACGACGCUCGGCGUGCCCGAGAAGGCGUUUGCGAUCCUCUGCGUCCUCGUCACGUCGGCCCUCGCCGUCUAUGUGACCUACACGACGGGCAAGAACCUCUUUGCGCCGUCGGCGGGCGACUCGUCGAUCAAGUUCCCGUACUGCCCGGCCGAGUACCAAAAGAUGGUCUACACCAACGCGACGUACUACAAGCACUAA